GAGAGAGAGUGAUGGGUAGAACUACAGGCCAAGAUGGGAGAAUCACAAAGGUGUUUUUCAUGGCUACUCUGGUACUAUGGUUGGUCUCAAUUUUGUUUGAAAUCGUAUUCAACAAGCGGUCCGAGCUAAUCUGCGUCGUUGUUGGGUGCUUCUUCUUCCAAUUGGCCAACUGGGUCAUUCGCUUUUUUGCCUCUCCCUCUCGUGAUCCUCUUUUCGUUAACACCUCAGUUUCUCUCCUCCACUCAACUAUUAUUUCCUCUUCAGUGAUUUUUAUUUUGGUGAAUCAAUGGUUAAUAACAAGGGGUUCUUUGAGUGGAAGAGUGUUCAUGUUUGAUCACUCUCAGUUAUUUGCAGGUACUUCAACUUGGCCUUGUGCAUACUCCGCUUUGUGCUUCUCAUGUGGUUACUUUGCGUAUGACCAAUUAGAUAUGCUGAAAUACCGAUUAUAUAAUGAUGGUUGGAUUCUGGUGCAUCAUCUGAUACUCCUCAUUUGUUUUACUCUUGCAUUGUAUCGAAAUGUCACGAUCAACUAUCUUAUUCUCACACUCAUUUGUGAGUUGCAUUCAAUCUUCUUGCACGUUAGGAAAGUCCGCCGCCGGAUGGCCCCCGGACUUACUAAGAGGAGCAUGUUUGUAAGGAUAGAAUGGCUUUUGAAUUGGGUUACCUACAUUACAGCUAGGUGUGCUGCUCAUAUUCUCAUCACAACCAAGCUUAUUUGGGAUGCUCCCAAAUUUGAAAAGGGUGUGGAGCUACCACUAGCGCUGUUUGGAAUGGCCGGAAUGAACUUGCUUAACGGUUUUUUAGGAGUUGAUCUCUUCAAUGCUUACAGAAAAGAAAUGAUUCAACCCCAAAACUCCAAUCAUCAUCAAGAGUGACAGACUAGACAUACAAACCUUUAGGUUCAGAAAGAGUUACAGUUAUUUCAUUGUUUGUAUUAUUAUUAAGCUUUCAAACAUUUUAGCAACUUUUGAGAAUUUUAGUUUCAAAGUCUUCACAGUAAUAUUAAGUGUCUCAAUCUUCUUUAAGCAGUUCUUAUAGGGUAUGUUAAAGUUGAAUAUUUUCCUUUAAAAAAAUUCCAUCGCCUCUUAUUAUCCAGCGCCUCCCUCUGCCCGACGAACUAAUAGAUCGUCGGAGUAUCCACAUCCAGUCGCAGAUCGUUGAAACCAACAGCCCGACGAACCAAAGCUUCGUCUCACUUUCCCUCUCUCGCAUCUCCCUCUUCUCCUUUCGACCAAGGCCACGUCAUCAUCUUCAGCAAAACACAACACUUCAAGGUUGUCUCUCUCCUUCUUGUUUUAUGUUGUCUGUAUCUUUCUCUCCUAUCAAAAGUGCAUAUGUUUAAUUAGUAUUAUGAUUUUGAGUUUAAAUAGUUUAUUGAUUUGGGCAAUAGAAAAUGCA